UUCUGAAAGUUUUCGGAAAGGAAGCGGCGGAGGAGCGGUUUGGACGGCGAGGGGCACAGGAGGUGGCUCGGGAGCCCUCCGAGGUGAAGCAGAUUUCCUCUUCCAAAAUGACUUUCCGAUUUCUGGUUUUGUGUCUGGCAUGUUCUGGGCUUGGAAAGGCGAAGGUGGUUCCACAGGCUGAAGAAAUUCAAGUGAGGGUGGGUGACAAUGCCCCUCUGAGCUGUGCCCUGACAGAGCCCAUGGAUGUUGUGCAAGUGACGUGGCAAAAGGGCUCUGAAAAAUCACUUAAGAAUAUAGCUACAUACAGUAAACUGAAAGGAUUGAGGAUUCACAAGUCCUAUCAAGACCGAAUGAAUUUCACAAGUCUGGAACUCAACGAGACAAGCAUCACUUUUUGGGACGCUACAAUGGAUGAUUCAGGAUGUUACCUGUGUCUCUUCAAUACUUUUCCCUCAGGCUCCGUCUCUGGACGUACCUGCCUGAGUGUCUUUGGUCUCAAUGCAUCUGUCCACUACAACAUUUCUGAAGGUCACUUGGUAGCCGUCUGUAGUGCUGUUGGCUUCCCAGAGCCCACCAUCACCUGGAACGACUUGUUCGAUUCUGCUCCUACACAGGAGGUGGUCAGUCACGCCAGUGGGGUGGUGUCCAUCACCAGCACACUGCACGUCUCCAACCCCAAGAGGAUCAGGGCCCAGGACUUGAUCUGCAGAGUGAACAACACAAAGGAAACAAGGGAAUUGCCCGUGAGAAUUAACGGAGAAGAGGGACCCUCAUUACUUUGGCUGCUGAUUAUUGCUGUGAUCGUAACUGUUGUCGUAGUUGUGUGUUUGCUGUUCUGGAGGAAGAAAAUCUGCAGGAGGUGUUGAAGUGGAUCCUUGAGGAUUUCCAUUCACCUUCCAGAUCAUCAGAGCCCAGCAACCUGAAGUCAGCAUUAGAAAUAUAGUGACUUGACUGGCUGGAAAGAAGCAACAAAAAAAGGAAGAGAUACAUACACUGCCCUAUCUAGACACUGAGUUAUCACUGAAAUGACUAACACAAUGUUUUUUAUUCAGUCUGGACCCUUAAUCUGAAAGAGUAGGAUCAGAGGGACCACUUAGUCCUCUCCUGCUGUGCCAAAAUCUUCUUUGCUCGUGCCACUCAUGGUACUGCUGCUGUGAAAAAUGUAUUUACCUUCUUCCAGUUGAGAUUUGAAAACACCCAUGGAUGGAAGCUCUGCAGACUCUCUGGGGAUCCUCUUGCAGUGCCUGAUUGCUCUUGUAGUAGAGAGGGGUUUAAUUUUUGCCAACCUCUGUCUGCAAUUUCACUUGCAGCAACUCUGAGUUCAUUGCCCUCUUCCUGUGAUCUGGUUUUCCUUCUCUUACCCAGCUGUUCCAGCUCCUUUUCCUCAGUGAAUGUGUCAUUGUGCCAAGGACAGUAUUGCUUAACUUUCUCCAAAAACACCUUCUGAACUCAAAACCACAGGACUCAAGGCCACAGGAACUCAAACCACACUGAAUUUGUCAGAAUUACUGGGGAAGAGCAAUAGGACUCCAGGGAGGUGACAGGUUAAAGAAAGUAGCAGCCACGGUUGGGAAAGAAGAAUUAUAUGUCAUUUAUAUAUAUUUAUAAAUAUAUAAGUAUUGUACUUUAUUUGACCUUUCUAAUCCUGGGGUGGGGUUUCUUCUUGGUUUGGGGGUUUUUUGUUUCUUUUGGUUCAGUUUAUUUUUGGGGUUUUUGGUGGUUUUUUUCAAAUAAGUGAGGAGGAGUUGGAAACAAAGCCCAGUAGUGUAAGCAUUGUCAUCUCCACCCCUCCUUUCUUUUUUGCUGUCAUUCUCUCUCUGGUUAUUUUCCAAAACAACUCUGUUAAUACCCAAUGCUACUCCUUGUUUUGCUGUCAAAAGCCGUGGACUAACUUCCUCCAUAGUGCUGGUGGUCACCUUGUGCACUGUUAAAACAUUCUUCCCUGCCUCCAUCCGUUUGUGCUGUGUCUUUUUGAAGCCACAUAAAUCACCAGAGGCCAUUAUUCUGUGCUGGGCAUUGCUGUGUGGGGUGUCACCCCUCAGCUCGCUGGCCUGUGUCCCUGCUGUGGGUGGGAUGAUGUCAGCAGGAGGUCUUACAGAACCUGGAUUUGCUGAUUUGCCCCGAUUUUGGUGGCAGAUAAAGGCACUGCACUACUCUUAUGAGCUGGCCCCUAAUUCUGCUCCUGCCCCAGGUUGUGUUAGAGCUCCUCUGUCCCCCACCACCCUAAGCUGGUCCUCAGUGCCUGCCCAGGCCUGCUGAUCUGGCCAUUUCCAGGCUUAAAGUUCCAGUUUCCUGAGCUCCCCUGUGCUUGUUUUAGUUGGGAUAGAGUUCAUUUUCUGUGCAGAAGGCAAUAUGGGGCAACUCUCCUGAUUCUCCCAUCCCUCCCAGGGGGCUGUGAAAGCAGCUCUGUAGGGAUUAGUUGCUGCCUGGGGUUAAACCCUGACAGCCCCUGAGCACCUUCACAGGGUGAGGGUUGCCAAAGCCAAGCCUACCUUGGGUUGUACAUUUAAUGGCCCAUUUUACUGACAGGAUAGAUGGAAGGACUUUAGGGGGUCCUCUGGUGAUUUUUGUUCAGCCGAGGAGUUAAAUGUUUAAGGUUUUCCUUCUGUCUGAAUGUCACUGGAUUGGGAUCACUACCAGUACCAUCUUUUGGGUUUGAUCAGCAUUUGUUUGUGCAUCUGAAAUACUCCAUCUCUCCGAGUGUGUUGGACUUCCUAAGUGCCUUUUGUCUUGUGCUUUUUAUGUCAUAUGUUUACCAAGAGUACAGACUGUCAAUCUGAAACACCUACAGAGAGGAUUUAGGAGAUUCAGGACCUAGGACUCAGUGUUAGAACCAGUGUUCUGUUGUUUCCAGAGCAGUGAUAAAACUUUGUGUGUGUGUGUGUCUCAGUGUAUUAGUGAAGAUGUGAGGGAUGACAUUUGCUCUACUAUUGUAAGUACAACGUGGAUUAUUUAUUUAUAUAUUUUACUUUUUCUAAUAAAAAAAUGUUUUCCAGCCAAUA